CGACCGGGAAAUGGGUCACGGACUCUCGCCAAGCCGAUCUGAGGACCACCGAAUCGAGUUGGAACCAGGCGCCCAACCGACGGUACAGCGCCAAUUUCAGCUCAGCCAAUCAGAACAGGAAGAAUUACAACAGCAGCUGGAUUACCUUCUCACGAAAGGAUUUAUCCGGCCUAGCACGAUGGAGGAUUCCGAAUGUGUAUCGACUACCGCGCGCUCAACCGGAUCACCAUCAAGUCGCGUUACCCGAUCCCGCGAGCCGACGAACUUCUCGACCAACUUCGCGGUGCCAAGUUUUUCUCGAAAAUCGACUUGCGAAGAGGUUACCAUUAGAUUCGCGUCGCCGCUGAAGAUUGUCACAAGACGGCAUUUCAAAUCCGCUAUGGCAACUACGAGCACCUGGGAACUCUUGGACAAAUGCGUCAUCAUCUACCUUGACGAUAUACUAGUGUAUAGCCAUAGCAGGGAGCAGCACUUACAGGAUCUUGGUGCGGUCUUCGCGCUGCCGCACAAGAAUUGCCUCAUCACCAAAGGGUCUAAGUGCGACUUUCUUAAACAUGAGCUGGAAUUUCUGGGCCACAUCGUCUCUACCGAAGGGGUUAAAAUCGACCCCAAGAAAAUCAAGACCAUACAGGAAUGGAAGUCGCCAAGCAACAUCAAGGAACUCAGACAUACUACCGCCACCGGACAUUAUUUCAACAAACGCGACACUUCCCGCAUCUGGGUUCCCGGCUACGAUUUACUUCGUACCCUCCUUAUCCAGGAAUCCCACGACAAUCCUACCUCCGAGCAUUUCGGAGUCGACAAAACCAUUAAGGCAUUGCAGCGCAAUUAUUACUGGUCGAACAUGGCCAACAACGUGCGCAAGUACGUGUCCUCCUGCACCGCCUACCAGAUCAUGAAAUCAUCCCAUCAGCGAGCAGCCGGAAUCCUACAGCCGUUGGAUCCGCCCGAGAGACCCUGGAAACACAUCACGAUGGACUGCGUGACAGGACUGCCGGCCGGUCCCAGCGGAAACGACGCCAUCCUCGUGGUCGUUGACCGACUCACAAAAAUGGUGCACUUCAUCGCUGGCCAGCAGAAAUUACAGCCAAGCAAACUGCCCAACAGUUCAUCGCCAACGUCAUCAGACUGCACGGACUGCCGACCGCAAUUAUUUCAGACUCAAAUCCGAAAUUCACAUCGAAUUUUUGGCGCCACCUGUGGGAACAAUUCGGCACCAAACUACAGUUUUCCUCAGCCUACCACCCACAGACCCACGGGCAGACCGAACGAGUCAACCAAACUAUGGAGCAACUCAUUCGUACUACAUGCGUUGACCCACAGACAAGGGAGAAAUCCCUUCCGCCGCUGGAAUUCGCGUAUAAUAACGCGCCUUCCGCCACAACCCAUCAAUCCCAUUUUUCCUCAAUUACAGACAGGACCUCGUGGUUCCGCAGAUAUGUAGGGAGUCCCAAAAAACACUCUGAAUUUCA